AUGAAUCCUUCUGGGGCCAAGCCAACCGCGGUGUCCGGACAAGCCGGAAAGCGUGCCCUCAAAGCCAAUAAGGCAUGUGUGCCCUGCCGUGCACGCAAGACCAAAUGCGAUGCCGCCGAGAUUGGCCUCCCCUGCAGCUGUUGUACCAGCAGGCAGUGUGUCAAGGACUGUGUACUACCGGUCCGUAAGGGUCGUGCUAGGAAAUUAAACCAUGUUUCACCGAUCCCUGAUCAUGUACGAUCGGCCCAGCCUUCGACUUCCGAUCUGGAUGGCCAAAGCCCACGUCAGGCUGAGCUAGAUCUGUUCUAUCUCAAUAUCUUAAACGACGCCGGGGAAAAGACUACACAAUCUAGUCGACACCACCCCAUUUUCAGCACUCCCUACCGCCCAAGCCCGGAAUAUAGUUUUAGUACUCGGAAUUGUCGAUGGGCCAAGCAACCUCAAUUGGACGACAUUGACAACGAAUUUCUUGCCAAGAAGGGGGUAUUUGAUCUACCUCCUUCACGCUACCUAGAUUCCCUCGUUAAGACAUACUUUGACCACGUCUACCCCUUUGCUCCGGUGAUCAAUAGAGUUGAUUUUAUCCGCGGCUAUCAAUCUGGCCACUGCUCAUUGUUCUUGCUAUACGUCAUAUUGGCACCGGCCAGUGUCCAUGCGCCAGCAGACGUGCUAUCCGCCUGCGGCUUUGCUAGCCGCUCGGCCGCGCAAGAGUUGUUUUUUUCCAAGGCCAAGCUGCUUCACGACUUUUCCGCUGAAGAUGACCCAUUGUUGAUGCUGCAGGGAUCCAUCAUCUUGUGCAUGGUGAUUCUCGACCACCCUACCGACCGAGACUUUGGCUACUGGUUCCACAACGCAAUCCGUCUUGCCACUAAGCUUGACAUACGCAACGUGUGUGCUCGAGAAGACAAAGCUGGUACAGUCUUCAAGUUGUAUAGAAGGAUCUGGUGGGCUCUCUACACUUUAGACAUUUUUCAUGUCUCUGUCAAUACUAGACGCUCGCGACUACUCGCGACUACCUCCACGAUCAGACUGAGGACGGAAGAUGACUGGGAAGUGGAGAUUAGCUCGGAAGUAUCAUCUGACUUGCUAUCACCAGUCACGCCUCAACAAAGGGCCUUGCCUGUUGUUCAAUGCGAGUUGUCUCGAAUAUUCGGACAGUGUUUGUCCAACGUGACAACCAAGCCACAGCAAGAUCCCCGCCAGAUGUUUCACUCGCUUGAUUCAUGGCGCAAAUCACUCCCUGUCAAGAUGCAUAUGAAUGAGAACAUUGGAACCGAUGUGUACUAUCUGGCUAUGCAAGCCAUGGGCUACAGAUUUGAAUGCAUCUUGUGUCGAUUGAUACGACGUUGUUGGCAGCAGACCCAUCAUGCGGACUGGAGCGAGUGGGUCAAACAGCGGCUUCGGUCUGCUAUUUUGGAGUUGGACACAAUUACCAAAAGGGUUCUGGCGAGUGGUACCCUCCAGGACUUUCCCAUAUCUUUUAUAACCACAAUAAUUGCACUGCUCGCUCUACACAUCGAAUCGGCCCUCGAUACAGCCGAGACAGAUCUUGUUCGUUCGAUGGCCCAAAUCUCUAUUAGCCAGACAAUGCUUGUUCUCACACAGGGAAAAGAAAUACCAGCCCUGAAACGAGCCCUGCCAUUAUUCGAGGAGAUUCUUGCCAAGAAAAAUCUGUACUUGAUUCCACCCAACAGUGUCGGUCAAGUACAAGAUAACACCAUGGUGGAUGCAGACGCUUCGCUGCAUACACAGGUAGAGCAGUAUGAGAAUAAUCCGUUGCUCUAUGAUGAUUUUCUAGGAUUUGAUUUAUUGGAUGAAUGGCAGAUUGGGCAAAUGGAUUUUACUGGCAGUGGUUAA